UAACUAUCUAUCUAUCUAUCUAUCUAUCUAUAAGACUAUAACAAAACAUUUUCCGGCGAAACCAGACAUCAGAUGGCGGCUACCGGCGACAACAUGAGGCAUCAAGAAGUCGGCCACAAGAGCCUUCUUCAAAGCGAUGCUCUUUACCAGUAUAUACUUGAUACCAGUGUCUACCCUAGAGAGCCUGAAUCCAUGAAAGAACUCAGGGAGGUCACUGCUAAACAUCCAUGGAACCUAAUGACCACCUCUGCCGAUGAGGGUCAGUUCUUGAACAUGCUUUUGAAGCUGAUCAAUGCCAAGAACACCAUGGAAAUCGGCGUUUACACCGGCUAUUCUCUUCUCGCCACCGCCCUCGCCAUUCCCGACGAUGGAAAGAUUCUGGCAAUGGACAUAAACAGAGAGAAUUACGAAUUGGGUCUGCCUGUAAUUGAGAAGGCCGGGGUGGCACACAAGAUUGAAUUCAAAGAGGGACCGGCUUUGCCUGUUCUUGACGAGAUGUUGAAAGAUGAAAAGAAUCACGGAAGCUUCGAUUUCAUAUUCGUUGAUGCGGACAAGGACAACUACAUCAAUUAUCACAAGAGGUUAAUCGAUCUGGUCAAGAUUGGGGGUUUAAUCGGCUACGACAACACCCUGUGGAGUGGGUCCGUGGUGGCGCCGCCUGAUGCUCCGUUAAGGAAGUACAUAAGGUACUACAGGGAUUUCGUUCUUGAGCUGAACAAAGCCCUAGCUGCUGAUCCAAGGAUUGAGAUCUGCAUGCUCCCAGUUGGUGAUGGUGUUACCCUGUGCCGCCGCGUUACCUAAUCUUUCUUAAAUUUCCCAUAUUAUUUACAAAUCUAAAUGAAGAUAACAAAAAAUUGACCCCCCUGUGAUGUGCUGGUCAUUAAAAAAAAAGUAUUUAAUAAAAGUGAACUUAUAAAUAUUUCAUACCAU